AUGACUGAUAACAAUAUUCGACAGCUGUCCUCCAACGAAAACAGCAACCAAAAGAAGAUGCCAGCAGGUGACGACCACAACCCCCGUGCUUCAUCAUCACGUGCCAGCCGUCGUUCGGUCGCUGAACAAGAAGCCAAGCGACGUGCGGCUCCCACUUCAAGAAGCGUCCAACCUGGUGCUCAGUCGUCGAACCGCAACUCGGAGGUGAGCGUCGAAGCCGAUUUGGAAUCCCGCAACAACAAUCGGCGCAGUCAUCAUCGUGAUGGCCAUCAUCGACACAGCAGCCGGGACGAACCACGCGAAUCAAGUUUAAGACGACAUCAUCAAUCGAGCAGUCGUCACACUGCGGAUCGUGACGAGCGUGACCGAGAAUCCAAACGUCGAGCUGCUGGAGAUGGAAGACGAUCUACCAGAGUGGGAGCCACUUCGAUUGCUUCGGAGAGUAAAGACGGACAUCGAAAGCGCCGGGAAGACGACGAUCGUCGUUCCAAACAACGAGCUCGGAGAAAUGAUUCGUCUUCCGGGGCAUCGGCAGUCGUUCCUGGAGCGAGUCAUGGAAGAUCCGGUCCUGAGGAUGCUAGAGAACGCAAAUUGCGAGAAGCUGGAUUGGGAAUGGACGACGACGACAAGGCGACUACCAAUAGCAAAGACAACAAUAGUGAAAAGGACGGUAUACAGAGAUAUCCUGAUCUCGGUCAUGGCGUCAAUGGAGCAGCUCCGGUUGGCAUUGCACCUGACGCGGCGUCGGUUGACGACGACGGUGCCAUUCAAAUUCAAGCUACUUUGGUAGAAGGCGACGACGACGAGGACAAUGAUGCUGAGAAAAAUAUUCAGGGCACCAUGGCACGAGAAAAUGAACGACUCCAGAGAGAAAUGGCAGCCGACAACGAACGUCUCCGCCAACAAAUGGAAGAAGAUCGGAACCGAUUACGAGAAGAAUUGCAGCAAUCCAAUAGUAAUCAAGGUAUCGACGAUCAAGAUUCCAAGGCCAAAAAGAAAAAGGAGCGCGUGAUUUUUUUGGUGGUCGUACUCAUUCUCGUCGUGAUUGCGGGUGGUGUCGGUGCGUUCUUUGGCACUCAAGGAAGCAGUGAUGAGAGUGCGGCAGCUUCCUUGCCAGCAACUGAAGUCACGAACCCUCCCACGGUUGGCACUACGCCCACGCAAGCUCCCAUUGCUCCACCACAAGCGACAGAGGCUCCUUCCGACGAAGAUUGUACCAACAUUGCCAAUGCCGAUCCUGUACAAGGACAAGACGAGGCCGAAGUCUAUCAAUUUGAUACUAUAUUGGAAAUGACCUUGACCUCUCAAACCGACGCCAAUAUCGCCCUGCCCAUUUUGCAAGAACAAAUGCAAAGUCGACUCAUGACCAAGAUUUCUGGUUGUUUGCCCGACCAACGACGAGGAUUAUCCUUGCGUGCCACCACCAAGCGUCGUCAAUUGCAAGGCAACAAGUACGUUGUGCUCAAUGCGCAAAUCACUUCCAUGUCAAUACUCGAGGGCGAAAGCUGCAAGGGCAAUGCUGGUGCGGAUUGUUCCAAGGUAUUGGCCAAAAUGGACCUGUAUCUACAAGGAGAAGAGCAACAAUUUCUACUCAUUGACCGAUUGAUUCGACUCUUCAAUUCCGGCGGUGGAGACGAAGACGACGAUUUUGAUCUUGCCCGCUCCUUGGGAUUGCCCAAUGCCGUGGCAUCCUUGGCCCUUGCUAGCAUCUCUUCCAAUGACCCCACACCGGCACCUUCCCCCACGCCGACGGAUUUGCCCACGAUCAGUUCUUCCACUGUACCCACGACCAAGGCAACACCUGGACCGACUCCUCCUCCGACACCUGGACCGACGCCUGGACCAACUCCUCCUCUGACACCUGUACCAACGCCUGAUGCGACAACCAGACCUCCUCGACCAACGCCGCCACCACAAGAAGAGUGUACUGAUAUCUGUCGUGGCGACCAAGCCUGUGACAACUUUGAUUUGGAAUUGUUCGAAUUGGGAUGUGGAUCCUGUAUUGGGGACAAGAGUUGUUUGAAUGCCGAAGCUGACAUUGGAGAAAAAUCCUGCCGAAAUGGUGGAUGCGAAGGCCUCAGUGGCGAAGUCGGCGACUUUUCAUGUAUUGGACGCGGAGCUUGUAUCAAGACAGUGGAUGUCACGAUUGGUGACAAUGCGUGUACUUGUGAAGGUUGUUGUGCCUGUAUUCGACCAGGUGAUACCGUUCCUGAUGGAAGUUGUACCGCCAUUGCGGAAUCCGCGGCGGACAUUGAAUAUAUUCCAUUUGAAACCUUCGAGCAAGUCGAAUUCUGUUGCCUAGAGCGGAAUGGUGGCGACAACGUUGAUGAUGAAGGUGAUGAAGCAGACUUUGAAGAAGACGACGGGAUUGACGAAGACAUUGACACUCCCCCACCAGGAGAAGGAGGUGGGACUGCUCCACCAGGCGGUGGCGGUGGAACUCUUCCGCCUCCCAAUUAA